CACUCAUGUAGCCUAGUCAAAGAGCUGUGGGUUCUUCACUGCUCUUCUGUUAUCCCUGAAAAUGGAGAAUGUAGAUCGAAUUUUGUCUGAAAGUCCCUCUAUUGAAGAGCUGGAGGAUAUAUUACAUGGGGGUCAGCUAUCCUGUAACCAUAUCGAUGAAGUGUGUCCUAAUUUGUUUCUGGGGGACAUGUACAUGUCUCAUGACAGAUAUGGCCUAUGGAGACUGGGUAUAACUCAUGUUUUAAAUGCUGCACAUGGUAAAAUGUGUUGCAAAGGAAGUGAUGAUUUUUAUGGGACAACCGUAAAGUACUAUGGUGUGCCGGCAAAUGACCUGCCUACAUUUGAUAUUUCAUCAUUUUUCUACCCUUCAGCACACUACAUUCAUGAUGCUCUCAACACAACAGGUGCUAAAGUGUUUGUGCAUUGUGCUGUGGGAGUGAGCCGUUCAGCUGCUCUGGUCUUAGCUUACCUAAUGAUAUAUUGCAAUUACUCUCUGGUGGAUGCCAUCUUGAAAGUGAAAGAAAGAAGAUGGAUCUUUCCAAACCAAGGAUUUCUGAAGCAGUUGAUGACUCUCAACAAUGAAUUAAACUAUAAGCUGCAGUCAAAGUAAUUCAGAAAUCUGUAAAUUAAAAAUAACAUCUACAUUUAAACAGCAGGCCUACUGCUGAUCAACAACCAUAAUUAACAUAAUUAUAAAAUUUUCUUUUAUUUAUAAUAACAGCUUUGUGUCAUACUUCUGUUAAACUU